AUGAGUGUGUCAGAGAGCGACAAGGCUCGACGCUACAUCGCCAGCCUCAAUGCCGCCCGUCUGAACGGUGCCUGGUCCGACGUGCCCGAGCUGGUCCGCAAGGUCGACAAACACGCGCCGCACCGGAGAUGCCUGACCCUCGCCGCUGCAUCUGAGGCACAAACUGCGACGUCGUCCAAUCGCCGUCCUGGCACUCAGACCUCGGCCGCUUCCCACACCAGCCUCCUCGAUCUAACUCCCAGGCUCGUCCAGGCCGUCGAGAGCGAAAAGAUCCUGCUUGAAGAUGCCUUCCAGGCCAAUGUCGCCCUUCACGAGAUAUACUUCCUGCGCGCCGAAUGGUCUACCGUCCUGGGCGGUCUGAAAACAAAUGUCUGGUCAGAAGUCGCUCCUUUCGCACGGUCGCCCGCAGAAUUGAACCCCAACACCCGCCUGGCGGUCCUCAAAUACUGCUACUUCCUGGGUGUUGCCACAGAGCAACAAAUCUCGCCGGAAAGUGCUCUCAGUGUAUACAGCCAAGCUCUUUCGGCCAUCGACCAAGCCCCUGUCAAUCUGGCUGGUCUCUCCGAAUAUCGAACCUGGGCUGCCCGUCUGUCAGGUCGCAUUUCCACUCUCCGAUCGAACCAGGGUCACACAUCAACCCUCUUUGCUGCAAAUGCUGCUUUAGUCUCAUACAGAGCAUGGGCUCGCAACUGGACUGGCGAUUCGGCCUCAAAGAUUGCUGCUCCGAGUUACUCUCUUGGUCCCUAUGAUGUCUCCAACAAAGAUGUGUGGGCUAUGUACUACAACUUCCUCUCUUUCGUUCUCAGCACAGACUUGGUCUACACCAACUCCGCCGAGUCACCUUUGGCUAUUCACAACCCUAACCAUGCCACUAGCGAUUUGGUCAAAAUGAGGCUUCGCCAACGAUCUGAGUUGAAGCAAGUCGAAGCUGCAUACGAGAGUGUGCUGCUCUACAAGACAAAGUUCCCUCAAGCAAAUCAGACCAACGAAGAAGUGGAACAAUGGACAAACUCGGUCAUCGCUAACUGGUCUAUUCUGUGCGGUCCGAGAUGGCGCGAGAUCGAUCUUGGAGAGGGUGGUAAGGCUGUCGUCAGUCGCAGUACUCUGGAUAUCCUUUAUCGUGCUGCAACCAAGACUUUCCACUCGACAUUGAUCCUUCGUCACCUCUUCACCGUCCAUGCCUCACUGGCUGAGUUCGAUCUUGCCAUCAAGGCCUUCGACUCAUAUACAGAGAUUAUCAGCCGUGCAAAGUCGAGGGCUGAAAAGACUGGCCACAACGAGCCGGGACUGGACAGUGAUGACCUCGUGGUUCUGACCGCUGCUCAAGCUAUCGGUGUUCUGUGUAGAUAUGGAUCCCAGGCUGAGGGCGAGAAAGCCCUCGAGGUCUCAAAACGCUUAUCGGACUGGCUCAAGCAACCGCGUCCCAGUUCGGCUAUUACAGUCUCUAGGAAGGACGAAGAUGGUCGCCAACCGGACAGAUCUGCUAUCGAUGAUGAGACUGCAACCGGAAGACUUGUCUCGGCCGAGGCCUCUGUUGCUGCUUAUCGCGCUAUUGGUGAGAGCCAGGCAAACUUUGCACGACUGACCCAUGAUCCAGUACAACGAUCAGAAUACAGAGAGAAGGCUAUCAAGUCGUUGAGACUGGCUGCUGAGAUGUCACCAAACGGCAACCUCGACCCAGAGACUGCUCUUCUUCUAGGUACCGCUCUUGCAGAGAAUCGCCAACUAUUACCUGCCACCCAGAUUGUCAAAUUUGCCUUGGCUUCUUCGCAAGAUGACGAGUCCGGCAGCGUCGUGCAAAAAGGACACAUGAUCUCCCUUUAUCACCUCAUGUCCUUGCUUCUGACAGCACGAGGCGAUUACGAACAUGCAGUCGAGUUCUGUGAUAUUGCUUUCGAACAAUUUGGUGGCGUCGACAUUAUGCUUCGAGACUCGGAGGGCGAGAGCCUUAUUAUGCAGAUGGACGAGUCAGAAAAGGAAGGAUUACUGCAACUUCGUCUGACGCAGUUGGCUCUUACUGAGAUGCUGGAUGACAGCGAAACGGCAGUCGACGCUGGUUCUCAGGUGCUUGCACUUUAUCAUAAGUUGUUCGCCACUUCAAGCAAUGGCGUAGCACCACCGUCCAAAGACGCAGCGGCUUCCUUUGCCGCACCAUCAUUGAAAACGGAAGGCACAUUUAAGAGCGUCGGUGGUAGUAUACUCAGACGCUCAAAGUCCACAAGAAAGACUGCAGACGGUCCUGCAUUGGAUAAAGAUGCGCCACCGCUUCCCACUACGAAUAAUAAUGCUGCGAUACCAGGAACGACCACCACCGAUGAGAACACAUUGCAAGAAAAGCACCACCACAAACUCCAUCUACCUCAUCAUCCACUGAAACAUCUCCAUCACCACGACCACGCAAAAGAUCCCGAGAAGGAGGCUCUCGCUUUUGACACUCCUGCCGUUCCUACUAAAGAUGGAUCUGACCAGAAUCGACCAUUGCGUGAAGUGCCACAUAAUCUUGAAUCCAGCCAGCAACCUGCGCCAAUCGGACAUUCAAAUCAACCACCCUCGCAAGACCUCCGUCUGCCUGCUCCAUACCCAACGACCACACCUGCAGCACUCCGUCCACACUAUCCUUCAGCUAGACAAAAACGUCAUAAUGUAUCUCUGUUGAUCGAAGUCUGGCUACACAUCGCAGGCCAAUACACACGCGGCGAGUUUUUCGAAGAUGCGGAAGGUGCGAUCGAAGAAGCACACAAACUGGCAGAAGACUUCCAACAUGCAGUUGGCCGAGAGGAUUCUUCCGCCAGAGCAUUUGACGAGAAGGGCUGGGGCAAUGGUCGCAGUGCAAACAGACUGUGGGCAGACGUCUGGGCUGAGCGCGCCGCUCUGGCAGCAGCAAAACACCGCCCCCAUGACGCCCUCGCCGCCUACGAAAGAGCACUGUCACACUAUCCCGACCACGCAGCCGCCAUCGUAGGAAUUAGCGCCAUCCUCCUCGACGUCUACGCUCAAGUCAUUCCUGCCGAACUGCCCCUCCCCAACUCCAUCAUUCCUCCUCCUUCCGCCUCAGCACCCACAAACCCUAAAGUGUUACCUCAAGAUCCCACGCCUUCAGUCGAAGUCCAAACUAGACUUGCAGCCAGGGACCGCGCGUACUUUCUGUUGCAAUCGUUGACGAAAAGUGGGGAGGGAUGGGAUGAUAGUGAGGCUUGGAGUUUGUUGGCUAGAGCUCAUGAGGAGAGUGGGCAGUUGGAUAGGGCGAGAGAAGCAUUGUGGUUCUUGGUCGAGCUUGAAGAUGGCAGACCAUUGAGACCUUGGAAUGUUGUUAGUAGCGCGCUUUAA